UAUAUACACUAUAUUGCUAAAAGUAUUGGGACACCCCUCCAAAUCAUUGGAUUCAGGUGUUCCAAUCAUCUCCAUGGCCACAGGUGUAUAAAAUCAGCCCCUAGGCAUGCAGACUGCUUCUACAAACAUUUGUGAAAGAAUGGGUCACUCUCAGAAGCUCAGGGAAUUCAAGCAUGGUCCCGUGAUAGCGUGGUCCCGUGAUAGGUGGUCACCUGUGCAAUAAGUCCAUCCGUGACAUUUCCUGGCUACUAAAUAUUCCAUGCUCAACUGUUAGUGGGAUUUUCAUAAAGUGGAAGCAACUGGAAACAACAGCAAUUCAGCCACCAAGUGGUAGGCCACGUCACAUGACAGAGCAGGGUCAGCACAUGCUGAAGCGCACAGUGUGCAGAAGUCGCCAACUGUCUGCAGAGUCAAUAGCUAAAGACCUCCAAACUUGGUGUGGCCUUCAGAUGAGCACAACAACAGUGUGUAGAGAGCUUCAUGGAAUGGGUUUCCAAGGCCGAGCAGCUGCAUCCAAGCCUUACAUCACCAAGUGCAAUGCAAAGCGUUGUAUGCCGUGGUGUAAAGCACGCUGCCACUGGACUCUAGAGCAUUGGAGACAUGGUCUCUGGAGUGACAAAUCACGCUUCUCUGGCAAUCCGAUGGACGCGUCUGGGUUUGGCGGUUGCCAGGAGAACUGUACUUGCCUGACUGCAUUGUGUCAAGUGUAAAGU